AUGUUGAUCUCUAAACAAGUUAUGUUCUCUCUCAUCUUCUUUUUUCCCCUGUUCGUUCUUGUAGUAAACUCUCUGAAAAUUCAAGAGAACCAACAAGAACGAAGUAUUCUUCUAAAACUCAAGAAAGAAUUUGGAAAUCCAUUAUCUUUGGAAUCAUGGAAUUCAUCUCAUCUGUGCAACUGGGAACGUAUUGAAUGCGAUACCCAUGGUUCUGUCUCUAGCAUAUAUCUUGCAAGUAUGAAUAUUACAGGAAAAAUUCCAAGAUUCAUUUGCAAUUUGAAAACCUUGAUGGAACUUGAUCUUUCUGACAAUAAUAUUUUUGGGGAGUUCCCGGAUUCUGUCUUAAAUUGUUCAAAGCUUGAAGUUUUGAAUCUUUUCGGUAAUCAGUUAGUUGGCAAAAUUCCGAACGACAUUGAUAGAAUUUUGAAUCUUCGAGUACUUAAUCUGGGAUUGAAUAAUUUGAGCGGGACAAUUCCGGGGAAGUUGUUUUUGUUAAAGAACUUGACCCAGGUGGAUUUAUUUAAUAACAAAUUGUCAGGUGAAAUUCCUAAAGACUUCGAAUGUUUGAAUAUGGAACGUAUCAAUCUUUCGAUAAAUAAGUUAACAGGUUCGAUCCCUGAAGCUAUUGGUAAACUGAAGAAUUUAACAGACAUAAAUAUGUCAAGGAAUCGAUUAAGCGGAGACAUACCUGUGAGUAUUGCUUUACUUCCACUACUAGUAUAUAUAUAUCUUUCUGAAAACAUGCUAUCAGGUGAACUACCCCAAGAAUUAGGUUUACAUUCGCAGCUACUUGGUCUUGCUGUAGAUGAAAACAAGCUCUCAGGAAGGUUACCAGAAAAUUUAUGUCAUGGUGGUGCGUUAGUUUCUAUUUUGGUAUCAUCAAAUAAGUUUACGGGAAAACUCCCAAAAACUUUUUCAAACUGUUCUAGUUUGACGGAAAUUUAUCUUGCAAAUAACAUGUUAAGUGGUGAGGUCCCGGCUAGUUUCUGGUCUAUAGAUGCUGCAACGUACAUUGUGAUGAGCGAUAACUUGUUUUCUGGAGAACUUCCACAUAAGUUGAGCUCGAGUUUAUCGAUUCUCAACUUAGCCAAUAACAAUUUUCGAGGUAGUAUGCCAGCUGGUAUUGGUUCUAUCGAGUUUCUUAAUGUCCUUUCCUUGAGAUCAAACAAGUUUAAUGGUUCAAUCCCUGAAAAUAUCUUUCAUUUGAAAUAUCUAAAUAUAUUAGACUUAUCAGUAAACAAUCUCUCGGGCCAUAUUUCUACAAAAUUAGGAGACUUACAUGGAUUCAUCAACAACACUGUUUCGUACAUUAGUUAUCCUGGAAUUCAGUUUGUGACAAAAGGGGUCAUGGUACAACUUGACCAUUUAUAUAACAACAGCAGAGCCAUUGAUUUGUCGUGCAAUUCUCUUGGGGGAACCAUUCCAACAGAUAUAGGUUUAUUAAAACUACUUUAUACGCUUAAUUUGUCCCAUAAUCAUUUCUCCGGUGAUAUCCCAACAAGUAUCGGAACCUUGUCUGUUCUAGAGUCCUUAGAUUUAAGUUCUAAUAGAUUGUCAGGACCUAUCCCACAAUCAUUGGCAACAAUAGACUCUCUCGGGAUGUUUAACUUAUCUUACAAUAACCUGAGUGGUAGAAUUCCUAGACAAGAUCACUUUGAUACACUUAGUUUGGAUGGUUCAGCUUUUGUUGGGAACCCUUUGUUGUGUGGAUCUCCAACAAAUAAAGUUUGCCAGGGUGAUCGGAAUACUAUUACCAAUGAUGCUAAUCCUACAAUUGAAGUUGAUGAAGUCGACCGAAAGGAUGCAAAGGAGAGAUUAUUGUUGUUUGCUAUUGCUGCUGUGGGGUUUGGAGUUGGAUUUUGGGGUCCAUUCCUCGUUUUAUUUUCAAGGAAACAAGAAUGGUGGUUUCCAUACUGGAAAUAUAUGGAUUCCGUUGCAGUUAAAAUAUAUAACAAGUUUAUUCAGAAUAAUUAA